ACGCCAUUAAUGUGCGCAGAGCUGAGGUGGCGUUUGAGAGGAGGUUGUCUUCCGGCUGCUCACCUGAAAUCCCCGCGGCAGCUUUCAUCAUGACUAAACUCCUGGAGUGGUUGUUCGGUGUGUCGGUGGUGGGCGCCGUCUGGGCUGUGGUUACUUUCGACCUGUUGAACCUGAGCCUGCCGCAGACGUACAGAGAGGUGGCCUGGCCGAUGCCGGUGUACCUGCUGGUGUCAUUUGGCUGCUACUCCCUGGCCACGGUGGGAUACAGGGUGGCCACCUUUAAUGACAGUGAGGAGGCAGCGAAGGAGCUGCAGGAACAGAUAAAAGAAGCAAAAGAGGAUUUGAGGAAAAGGGGCUUAAAGAUGUAAAACUUGAAAUGGACUAUUUAGAAACUUUUGAGAAAAAUGGAACGGAUCCGCAGACCACCACUACACAACCCACUGUCGGCACUUGGAGUCACUCAAAACAAAACAAAACCUGUCUCCUGUGUGAAAUGUGUUGGAUGAGACUGAGCUAACCCUCUUUACUGACUCUCUACUGACUUGAUCUGAACAUCAGUCAUAAUAACUCUUCAUGCAGCAGUGACUGUUUUUAUACCGCUUUAUUCAGUGGCAUGUCUUUCAGAUUAGAUAUUGAUCAGAUGUGCUUCAGGAAUUGAGAAAUGAGUGGCCCAAUGGGUGAAUUUCUGGGUUACUCAAAAGUGACAACAGAUAAAACUGAACCUUGUGAAAAAAUGUGUAUCAUUCUAACCACUUAAAGACCUCAAUCUAAAGCAAUUAUAUUCAGCAACAUCAGAUUCUGUUCACCUCAGUGUGUAGUAGGUGGUUAUACUGAUUAGCACAUAUAAACCUGAUUAAAUAAAGCUUAACAGUGAAUGCACACAUGUGCUGUCUUGUUGGAGACUACAGACACAGUUGAAUACAGAGUUCAUAUCCCUGCUAUGCUGAAUUAUCAUCUGCUACUAGUUGUGCAUCGCUGAUCAAAUGAAAUCCAAAGGUCACAUUGGAACAAUCUGACUAAAGAGAGUUUCUGCUGUGAAUGUUCAGAUGCUUUCAAUCUGCGUCAGCUUCGAAUAGCACCACACAGUGUGAACUUUGUUUUGUGUGUCUGGAGAUUGUUUCUUGUCAGUAGAAAUGGACUAGAUUUUAUCUGUAAAGUAGUGUACAUUCCAUUGUCCAAUUUCAGACUUGUGCCCUUUGGCUAUUGCUGGGACCUAAUUAAAAUGGAGUCUAUUUUCA